AUGGUUCAGGGACACCAGCGCGGGGAGGGUCGCAGGGAGAGCCACGUCUCCUACCCCCGGGCUUGCCCCCUGUGCACUCUGCGGACCAGCUGCGCGCCGAGCGGUGCAACGCAACACCCACCCUGCGGGCCUGGCAAUUUCGGCGUAAAAAAAAAAAAAUUUCCGGAGGGCUCCGGGGGUGUGCAGAGGCUCCUAACCCAGCCCCCGCCUCGACUGCAGAAUCUGGACCCGGGGUGCACAGUGGGAGGGAGAGGACGCGCCCAUUUAGGAACGAAACCGCGGGAGGUUUGUAGUUUUAAAUUGAAAGGAGAGGCGCCCCCUUGUUUGAAAAUAAAUAAAUAA